AUGGCCAAACGAACUCUACCGAUCCUCAAGCAACUGCUUCACCGACCAGCUCCACCUGUUUCGACCCCAUCCCGAUCUGUCACUUACAUGCCCCGACCAGGUGAUGGUGCUCCUCGCACAGUCACCUUAAUCCCCGGAGAUGGGAUCGGUCCCCUCGUUACCGGAGCUGUCGAGCAAGUAAUGGAUGCGAUGCACGCGCCGAUUUACUUCGAAAAGUUCGAUGUUCACGGCGACAUGAAGACGAUACCAGCGGAAGUCAUAGAGUCGAUUAAGAAAAAUAAAGUGUGCUUGAAAGGGGGUUUGAAUACUCCCAUGGGUGGAGGGGUUAGUUCGUUGAAUGUGCAGUUAAGGAAAGAGCUUGAUCUAGAGAAUACUGAAGGGGAAUACGCAGGGCUCGAACACGAGGUUGUUCCUGGUGUGGUGGAAAGUCUUAAGGUGAUCACAAAGUUUUGCUCAGAGCGAAUUGCAAAGUACGCAUUUGAGUAUGCUUACCUUAACAACAGGAAAACAGUGACAGCUGUCCACAAAGCAAAUAUCAUGAAACUUGCAGAUGGUUUGUUUCUAGAAUCUUGUAGAGAAAUAGCAAGCAAGUAUCCAGGCAUAAAAUACAACGAGAUCAUUGUGGACAAUUGCUGCAUGCAGCUUGUUUCAAAGCCAGAACAAUUUGAUGUUAUGGUUACUCCUAAUCUUUAUGGAAACUUAGUGGCAAAUACUGCUGCUGGUAUUGCUGGUGGCACUGGUGUCAUGCCUGGAGGUAAUGUGGGAGCUGAUCAUGCUGUGUUUGAGCAAGGUGCUUCAGCAGGAAAUGUUGGAAAACAGAAGAUAGUGGACAGAAAGACAGCAAAUCCAGUGGCAUUGCUUCUUUCAUCUGCUAUGAUGCUCAGACAUCUUCAAUUUCCUUCUUUUGCUGAUCGAUUGGAAAACUCAGUCAAACGUGUCAUUUCGGAGGGAAAAUAUAGAACAAAAGAUCUUGGUGGGACCAGCACCACUCAAGAAGUUGUUGAUGCUGUCAUUUCUAAACUUGAAUAGAUCACUUCCAAUUCCAAAUUCCAAAUCAUCAUCGUUUUGAUUUUGAUAUUUCUUCACAGAUUUUUAUUCCUUGUGAAUAACAUAAUAUAUAUUAUGAUAUGACCUUUGAGGCAAGAUGAUAAACAUUAAAGACUUCAAUAAGAAUCAAUUGUGAGAUGUUUGUACCAAAUUUCAACAUAUCAUUUAUUUUGCUGC